ACGCACUACGUUUUGUACACUCAAGCACAAAGCAUCAACUUCUUCGCAAACUCAUCACACACGCACACAAGAGUGCCUCAAUCCGCUUUAUCUAAGCUCCGCGGCAACUAUGGCUGAGACAGCGGAACCCAAGAAGCUGGUCGAGCUCGAGAAAGUGGCCGUCCUUGAGGUCGGCGAGCCCCCGAAAGAGGAGGAGGCGCCCCCGGAAGCCCCGGCUCCACCCCCAGAGCCGGCGCCACCGAUGGAUAAGUGCUUCGUGGUCGAUGUGGCGCUUAGGGUUUUGUUCUUCGCGGCGACGGUGACCGCAGUGGUGGUGAUGGUCACGAGCAACCAAACAAAGGUGGUGCCGGGGUUGGGGGGUCCGGCUCCGGUCGAGGCCAAGUUCAACAACUCACCAGCUCUCGUAUACUUUGUAGUAGCCCUAUCAGUGGCUUGCCUUUAUAGCAUCAUCACAGCACUGGCAUCAAUUUCUGUGAUCUUGACGCCAAUCUUCGCAACAAGCUUCAAGCUCUUCUUCCUGCUCAGCGAUGUGGUGAUGCUCGGCAUCGUUGUGUCGGCCACGGGCACGGCCGGCACAGUCGCCUACAUUGGCCUAAAGGGCAACAGCCACACGAACUGGGGAAAAGUCUGCAACGUUUACGACAAGUUCUGCCGGCACAUCGGAAGUGCCACUGCCGUCUCGCUCUUCGCCGCCGUCGUCCUCGUCUUCCUCAUCGCCCUCUCCGUCCUCUCCAUCCACAAGAAGAUCCCCAAGUAGAGGGGUCCUUUUCUUGUCUAUCAAUUGCCAACUUGGAUGUAUUUUUCGUGCAAUGUGGUCGACCUUGUAUUGGCUGGUGCAUUGAUUUAGUUCGUGUAAAUUUGUAUGUAUAUGCUUUAUGGGUCGUCCUGUCUGGUUCUAGGAGAUGUCUUGUGUGUAUUGCCCAAUUGGUGUGUAUUUGGGCCACAUGAUGAUUAUGGGUAUUGAUGUCGUUUCAUGUGGUUGGCUUUGUUCCCCAAUAUGUAUAUUUUAUCGUGAUAUGCAUGUGACACGGAUUGAAA